AUGUCACUGCGACGAAGAACGUUACACACACCAGGACGCCUUUCUAAUCGCUGGAGCGAAGCUCCUCCUUAUUCACCUAUUAUGAAAGGCUUAUUCUUUACACGUCGCUUGGGCCCGCCACCAAAUUCCAAAAUUAGGAACGUGAAAAGGCCCAACCCGGCACGAUCCGGUCUUAGGGCUUGA